AGUUAACCUCACGCACGAGCUGGCAUACACUCGUGUCACGGCCUACUAUCUUCGGAUAAAGUCUACAGAAACUUGUAAAAAGAGAAAACCGUGCUAAUCAAAAGAAGUUCAAGUUGAAUGAUCAAGAAACAUUUAUGUGAAUCGAAUUCGAAUGUUAUUGGAACAAGGAUUUAAUCAAGUGCAAACUGUAGGCGUCGUCGAACGGUAGAACGACGCCAGACGAUAGUGGGGAAUCGUCAGAUUUGGAAUACCAACUGCUUGCAGAGGUACUUGUCUUGAUCAGACGGGUCUAUAAGGAGGUUCAAGGGCGUCGCUGUUGACUUAAACCAAGGAUUUCACCAAACUUCAAACUGAGGCUCAACCUGACAAUCCCAACACCAUGCAUAACGGCAAGGAGGUCGACGCCACGCCUGACGCGAUACCAAUAUCAACCAUCUCCUCGUCCUCCUCCUCAUCCCCUCCUACCAAUGGAACAAAGGUUUCCAAUGGUUACGGAGAGGACGCUGGGUUGGAUGAUGAUGCAGCAGCUCAGAAGCAGGCGGAUGCGGUCCUGGCCAAGCUCAAGGGGGACAUGUCGUAUGGAAUAGAAGACACUCCAGCUUGGUAUAUAUCCGUGUUACUCGGAUUCCAGCAUUAUCUGACGAUGAUUGGUUCAACCAUAGCCAUCCCUCUUAUCCUCGCACCAAGUCUCUGUAUCAGCGACAACAAUGUCGCUUUGGCCGAGGUCAUCGCAACCAUGUUCUUCGUAUCCGGUGUCGCAACCCUUCUACAAACAUUCGUCGGUAACAGAUUACCCAUCGUGCAAGGCGGAACCUUUUCUCUCUUAGCACCAAGUUUUGCCGUUUUGGCUUUGAAGGGACCGUGCUUAGAUCCGUUACCAGACAAUGCCACCGAUGUGCCGCCCGAGGUGCUGGCAAACAGAACAGAGUUCUGGAGAGGCAGGAUGAGAGAGCUUCAAGGAGACAUCAUGGUUGCGUCCUGCUUUCAGGUCAUCAUUGGUAUCACAGGAGGAAUCGGUUUCUUGCUUCGUUUUCUUGGACCCCUGGUCAUCGCUCCAACCAUCGCACUCAUUGGCCUUUCUCUCUUCCCUGCUGCUGCUAGCUUUGCUGGGUCACACUGGGGAAUCGCCUCUCUAACGAUCGGAUUAAUGGUCCUAUUUUCCCAAUAUCUAGCUCGGGCAUACAUCCCAUUCUGCACUUUCUCAAGAUCGCAAAAGAAACUUCGUCUUGUUAGGAUGUACAUCUUCAGACUCUUUCCUGUGAUUUUGGCGAUACUGUUAUCCUGGCUCUUCGCCUACCUCCUCACGAGGUUUGACGUGUUUCCGGACAGUCCGAGUGUUUACGGAUACCUGGCCAGGACCGACAUCCGAGCUUCGGUUAUCCAAGAUGCAUCGUGGUUCAGAUUUCCUUAUCCGGGUCAAUGGGGUCUUCCCACCGUCACGAUCGCCGGAGUCUUCGGCAUGCUAGCAGGGGUUCUCGCCUCCAUGAUCGAAUCGGUGGGCGACUACUACGCAUGUGCCCGACUAGCUGGAGCCCCGCCCCCUCCAAACCACGCGGUGAAUCGUGGUAUAUUGAUCGAAGGUCUUUCGUGCGUGCUCGCUGGAGCUAUCGGGUCGGGGAACGGGACAACAUCGUACAGUGAAAACAUUGGCGCCAUCGGCAUUACAAAGGUGGGGAGUAGAAGAGUCAUUCAAACCGGGGGAGCGAUAAUGAUCCUCGUUGGGUGUCUACCCAAGUUUGCUGCCAUCUUCGUCACCAUUCCUGAUCCAAUCGUGGGAGGGAUGUUCUUCGUCAUGUUUGGAAUGGUGGCAGCGGUGGGCUUAUCGAACCUUCAGUUCGUUGAUCUCAACUCAUCACGAAAUAUCUUCGUCCUUGGAUUUGCAAUAUUUUCGGGUCUUUGUAUUCCGAGUUGGAUCUCGAGUGAAGAGAACGCGGCGUACAUUGCCACAGGCGUACCUGAACUGGACCAAAUCAUCGUUGUUCUCCUAAGUACCAGUAUGUUUGUUGGAGGAUUCUUUGGUUUUAUACUGGACAACACCAUCCCAGGAACGAUUGAAGAGAGGGGGAUCAUCAAAUUUCAACGCCUCACAGGGGACGGAGAGGACGGAACCGUCAAUGAAAAGGUGACCGAGCUCGUCAACAAGUGCUAUGAGCUACCCUGGUUAUUGAUGCGGGUGAUCAACAAAGUACCGUGCUUCUAUUAUCUGCCAUUCUGUCCAAACUUCACGGGCUGCUGCCGACGAAGAAAGCGACUUGAUCCAGAACAACCAGAAGCAGUAAACGUCACAUCUAACUCCACACCUCUCUGAUUCACCAUUCACUUAAAACCAAAACAAAUUGUAUAUGGACAAGACAAGGUAUUCAUUCUGUGGGCCAACGUAGAGGGCUUCAGCACAGGAGGCCGAUAUAGUACUACCAGACCGAAACUAUAAUUGGUCAAGAGUGCCUUCAGGCAACAAUUAUCCACGAGACUGAUAUUAGCUCGACCGAAAAUGUGUUGGUCUCACAGGACUUGUGAAAAGUUACCAGAGGGUAACCAAAAUGACGCAACUUUUUUGUGGGCAACAAGAUUAUGACGAAAUUAUCGUGUGAAUAUAUUAUUGGUGUAAUGUAGAUGUAAAAGAGGCUGUCUCAUGAUAACUUUGCAGCAUAUUGUUUUAACAAAUAAAAAAAAAUCCAGUUCUUCCUAUACACAUUGUCUUUCACAGUUUAUUGUAAACUAUUUUGAUCGGGUAUUACGUUUUGUGAUUAUAUUACUAAUUGAACUAAACUUGGUGAUGAUAUUCUCUUUCCUUUAAUUGACGUUGUUAUGAAUGUUGCUUUGUUUUUUUACUAUUGUAUGUUUGUAUUAUCUUCUGAAAAAAA